CUCUCUCUCUCUGGGCUUCCACAAAUCUUGGACUGUCCCCGUUUGGGGCGGCGAUGGAAGACAGAGGGACAGAGAGACUUAUGGACCGAAUGGGAGGGAGAGAGGGCGGAGAAUCCCGGUAGAGAGACCUGCACACAAACAGAGAGAGGGAGGGCAGGACAGGCAGGACUCCGAGUCCGGCAGGCCGUCAGCAGCGCAGGCUCUACGGUCGGUAUGUAGCAGCGGAGGGAGCUGUCUGGGACUAGAAGCAGAGGAAAACGCUUUGAGUAGACUAAAACAGCCGUGGGAUUUAAUACGAAACGUGACGAGGAUGAGACACAAUUCGUCCACUUGAAGGAAACCAAAACACGCCGUUAUUCCUCUUGAUUUAUCACCGUUUCUUUUCUUCUUUUUGCGAAAAUGGCGAACGACUCUCCGGCUAAGAGCCUGGUGGAUAUAGACCUGGCAUCAUUGAGGGAUCCAGCUGGGAUUUUCGAGUUGGUGGAAGUAGUGGGAAAUGGCACCUAUGGACAAGUGUAUAAGGGUCGACAUGUUAAGACGGGACAACUGGCGGCCAUCAAGGUCAUGGACGUCACAGAGGAUGAAGAGGAGGAAAUUAAGCUGGAAAUCAACAUGCUGAAGAAGUAUUCACACCACAGAAAUAUAGCCACAUACUACGGAGCUUUCAUCAAGAAAAGUCCACCGGGCCACGAUGACCAACUCUGGCUUGUCAUGGAGUUCUGUGGCGCCGGCUCAAUCACCGAUCUGGUGAAAAACACCAAAGGCAACUCACUGAAGGAGGACUGGAUCGCCUACAUCUCGAGAGAGAUCCUCAGGGGAUUAGCUCACUUACAUGCUCAUCAUGUGAUCCACCGUGACAUCAAGGGACAAAACGUGCUGCUGACUGAAAACGCUGAAGUCAAACUGGUGGAUUUUGGUGUGAGCGCUCAGCUGGACCGGACGGUGGGCCGGAGGAACACCUUCAUCGGGACGCCCUACUGGAUGGCUCCUGAGGUCAUCGCCUGCGACGAAAACCCCGACGCCACCUACGACUACAGGAGCGACCUUUGGUCCUGUGGAAUCACAGCCAUAGAGAUGGCGGAGGGAGCGCCCCCUCUGUGUGACAUGCAUCCGAUGAGGGCCCUCUUCCUCAUCCCCAGGAACCCCCCUCCUCGACUGAAGUCCAAAAAAUGGUCGAAGAAGUUCUUCAGCUUCAUCGAGGGCUGCCUGGUGAAGAACUACACCCAGCGGCCCCCCACUGAGCAGCUGCUGAAGCACCCCUUCAUCCGGGACCAGCCCAACGAGAGGCAGGUCCGCAUCCAGCUCAAGGACCACAUCGACAGAACCAAGAAGAAGAGGGGCGAGAAAGAUGAGACAGAGUAUGAAUACAGUGGGAGUGAAGAAGAGGAGGAAGAAGCUUCUGAGCAAGAAGGAGAGCCAAGCUCCAUAGUCAACGUUCCGGGCGAGUCGACGUUGCGGCGCGACUUCAUCCGGCUGCAGCAGGAGAACAAGGAGCGCUCCGAGGCCCUGCGCCGCCAGCAGCUCCUCCAGGAGCAGCAGCUCCGCGAGCAGGAGGAGUACAAGCGCCAGCUGCUGGCYGAGAGGCAGAAGCGAAUCGAGCAGCAGAAGGAGCAGCGCAGGCGGCUGGAGGAGCAACAGCGGCGCGAGCGCGAGAUGAGGAGGCAGCAGGAGCGCGAGCAGCGCCGACGGGAGCAGGAGGAGAAGAGGCGCAUUGAGGAGAUGGAGCGCCGUCGCAAGGAGGAGGAGGAGCGAAGGAGGGCGGAGGAGGAGAAGAGGAGGGCCGACCGAGAGCAGGAGUACAUCCGGCGCCAGCUAGAGGAGGAGCAGAGGCACCUGGAGAUCCURCAGCAGCAGCUGCUCCACGAACAGGCCAUGCUUCUUGAGUAUAAAUGGCGGGAGCUUGAGGAGCAGCGGCAGGCUCAGAAGCUCCAGAGGCAGCUGCAGCAGGAGCAGGCCUACCUGCURUCACUGCAGCAGAACCAGAACCAGAACCCGGACAGUAGCAAAACAAGCCAGCAGCAGAGCGCCAAACCCCCGCAGAGCCUCGAAGCAGACAGGGUUAAGCGCCCGCAGACGCCCGACCCGGAUGCAGCCAAACAACCGCAKGGCGUUAGCAAUGAGAAGACGCGGCCCGGCCUGGAGAAAACGACAGAACCCAAGCUUCCUGCGGCUGAGCAACAAGGCCCCGCACCUGACUCUGAGCCGAUCAGAGAGGCCGACGAGCGCUACAGGAAGAACAUUCAGGGUUCCCCGCAGUCGGCUCAGACCAAACCCCAGCAGCCCCCUGUGCCACCGCGCUCUGAGUCUUCGCACGCUAACGGGAACGCCGYGUCGGAGGCGCCCGCGAUGCACCGGCCUGUGGAGCCGCAGGUCCGUUCCCAUCUGGCUGCUCUCAAGAGCAGCAUCAGUGUGACCUCGCCAAACUCAUCUGCUUCAACCCCACCCGUCAUGUCCCGGUCGCACUCCUUCACCGAGCCGCUAACACCUAGCUUUGAAAACCACCACCCGCACAAAAGCCAUGAACCCCACCAACACCAUCAUCCUGCAUCCUCCUCGUCAUCACCAUCAUUCUUGUCAUCAACGCCUGCACGCACUGAGCCACAAACCCAUCCCCAGUCCAGACCCAUGCCCCAUGAAAAGGUCCCGUCAGAAGACGGCCCUCCGAGGGUUCCUGUCAGGACAACGUCAAGGUCUCCGGUGUUGUCAAGGCGAGACUCGCCUCAUCACCAUAGCAACGCCCCGCAGAGCAGGGACGUGCUCCGAAAUGCUGGCAGUUCAGCAGAGCCACGGCUCUUGUGGGAACGCGUGGAGAAACUGGUUCCCAAAACCAGCGGUAGUAGCGGCAGCGGAGGCUCCAGUUCCUCCAGCAGCUCCAGUAACUCCAGCUCUCAGUGCGACUCUGGAGAGAGGUUCAGGGCCCGCUCUUCUUCCAAAUCGGAGGGCUCGCCCCUCCAGCGACCAGAGAAGGUUGGGAAAAAGCCGGAGGAGAGGAGGGACUUGGUCAGGCCGAACAAACCAGCGGACCUGACCGCUCUGGCCAAGGAGCUGCGUGCAGUGGACGAUGUUCGUCCCCAGAACAAGGUGACGGAUUAUUCGUCUUCCAGCGAAGACUCGGACACCACCGACGAAGACGACGAUGAAGAGGUGGACCAGGAGGCAGGCGAAGAGUCAACGUCUGGCCCAGAGGACUCCAAAGCUGUCUCCUCCAAGCUGAGCAACGGCGAGACAGAGUCUGUAAAAACCAUGAUAGUCCACGACGAGGGCGAGAACGAAGCAGGAACAACUCGAUGCAAAGACAGCACGCUGGUUGUCAGACAGAUUAGCCGCUGUAGCUUGCCCUUCGCUCCAGCUAACACGUUCCCGUCCCCUGAGCUCCUCAGGAACACACAUAGACCCACAGUUGUCUACCCCUCUUUCUACUUCCAGAGCGCAGGUGACAACAGAAAGCGCGCGGCCCCCGCGUCGGGCCAAACGCAGACCCUUAGCCUACUCGCGGGCUUCCCUCCGAGCCCCGGCUCGGCGCCGGCGCAGGGACUCAUCCUCCACACCCCCAGCCCCCCACACCAACACCACCACCACCAUCACCACCACCACCAUCACCCCACGCAGCACCCUGACCGCAACGGCUUUGCCGGCCGCAUCCAUCACCUCCCAGACCUGAUCCAGCAGAGCCACCACUCCUCCCCUUCCUCCUCUGCAUCCAGUUCCCCUUCUUCUUCCAGCCUUGCCAGUCCCUCCACCAUGUCCCCCCAGAGCCCGCUGGAGAAGCUCGGCAUUCUGGCAGAGAGCCAGUCGAGUAACAACAUGCAGAAACACAAGUCCUCUUCGUCUUUCACGCCGUUCAUUGACCCACGCCUCCUCCAAGUGUCUCCAUCGACUGGCAGCGCCCUCAACAACGUUGGCUACGCGAACGACGCCCGGCUCGCGGAGGCGCUGAGGGCCGACCCGUCCCGGAAAGGCUCUGUGGUCAACGUCAACCCGGUCAACACCCGCCCUCAGAGCGACACGCCGGAGAUCCGCAAGUACAAGAAGAGGUUCAACUCCGAGAUCCUGUGUGCCGCACUUUGGGGCGUGAACCUGUUGGUGGGAACAGAGAGCGGCCUGAUGCUGCUGGAUCGCAGCGGUCAGGGGAAGGUUUACCCUCUGAUCAACCGGCGGCGCUUCCAGCARAUGGACGUCCUCGAGGGACUCAACGUCCUCGUCACUAUAUCAGGUAAAAAGAACAAGCUGCGCGUUUACUACCUAUCCUGGCUGAGGAACAAGAUCCUUCACAACGACCCUGAGGUGGAGAAGAAACAGGGCUGGACCACCGUGGGGGACCUGGAGGGCUGUGUCCACUACAAAGUUGUAAAAUACGAGAGGAUCAAGUUCUUGGUUCUGGCUCUGAAGAACUCGGUGGAGGUCUACGCCUGGGCGCCCAAACCCUACCACAAGUUCAUGGCCUUCAAGUCUUUCGGUGACCUGGUGCACAAGCCCCUGCUGGUCGACCUCACUGUGGAGGAAGGGCAAAGGUUAAAGGUCAUCUAUGGCUCCUGUUCAGGCUUCCACGCCGUCGACGUCGACUCCGGUGCGGUCUAUGACAUCUACCUGCCAACCCACAUCCAGAACAACAUACAGUCUCACGCCAUCAUCAUCCUCCCCAACACUGACGGCAUCGAGCUGCUGGUGUGCUACGAGGACGAGGGGGUUUACGUCAACACCUACGGGCGCAUCACCAAGGACGUGGUGCUGCAGUGGGGGGAGAUGCCCACCUCAGUGGCCUACAUUCGCUCCAACCAGAUCAUGGGCUGGGGCGAGAAGGCCAUAGAAAUCCGCUCAGUGGAGACUGGUCACCUGGACGGAGUCUUUAUGCAUAAGAGAGCCCAGAGACUCAAGUUCCUCUGUGAAAGAAACGAUAAGGUGUUCUUCGCCUCCGUUCGGCCCGGAGGCUCCAGCCAGGUCUACUUCAUGACUCUGGGCCGAAGCAACCUUCUCAGCUGGUAGAGGUCCACGCCCUGCCCUCCUGUCUUUUCUCCUCAUCCUUCGCGUCGUCCCCCCCUCACACCUCGCUAACACUGGAUCUCAGAACCCACCUCUGAUGUUUCUGUCAAUCCUCGGACAAUGAAAACAGCCGGCUUGAGACCCAUCAGCGCGGUCCACGGCGUCAACCUCACCCCGUUUUCUUCCCCCGCGCUUCCGGGGAGGGGCCUCAACCUGGCGACGCGGCGACUACCCCGAGAAAAAAAAAAAAGUGGUCUCCGCUGUCCUCAGAAAUACCGGAAGUGACGACAUGCUUACAGAAGUAAAACCAAUAGCUCACAUGUUAAAGGAGGUAGAAAUUAAAACAAAUGUGAAUUUAAUAAAAGAGGACAGACGACGUUGUGUGUUUUUCCUCCCAGCCUGUCUUGGUGCUUGUCAUGUUACGAUGGGAUCGGUGUUGAACUUCCGCUUCGUUUCCGUGCUCUCGAGUCGGUCCAGUAACAUCGAUGUCUGUUAAGCKAGGAGUUCAGCGAACGCCACUCUCUUCUUCUCCUGCUACUACUACUUUCCGCAGGUCUGCCUCUUGGAAGGGACGUCGUCUUAUUUACACGACGGCGGUGUGUGUAUAGAAGCAGGUUUKGGGUCAGAGAAGCACGCGGGUGAGACCAGGUGUUUGUAACGGGCGGGGCGCGCGCGUGUGAGAUGUUGCUUUAAAGAAAUAAAGAAAAAACACAGGAUGACGGAGAGAGAAAGGACCAGUCAGGCAGGUGGGUUUCCAAUUAGUAUUUUAUGAAUUCUUCUAGAGAGGUGUAACAGAGUGGAGUUAAACGCGUCUUUCAGCUUUUAUUUUCCAUUCAUGCGCGUUCAGCCGCGAGAAGAAGGCGAUAGAAACCGACAGUCUGAACUCCACUUGAGAAACUUGAACUGCUGUGAAUAGCUAUUCCAUGAGUAACUUUAAAAAUAAAAACGAAAAAAGGUGGGGCGUUUAUGAACUGAUGUUAGAAGAACGUUCAGCAUGUGUGUGCAAGUAUGUGUGGUCGGAGAGUUCAGUGUUGUCGGCGAGUUAAAUUCCCGUGGCAGAGAGGCGAACGCAUGAUUCAGCAGGUUUUGUUUCAGGUGCGGGAGGCGGACUUCUAUCUUCCAUUUUUUCCCCCUUCUUUCGGCUCGUUUCACCUUCCAUCGAUUAUUAUUAUUAUUAUUAUUAUUAUUAUUUGUAUGUACUCAAUGCACUAAGUGUCCAGAAUGUAGAGAGACUUCUUACUGUGUGGUGGUCCAAGGCAUGAGAUGAUGUUUCGCUUCGUAUCUUUGUCACAAGUGGUCGAUUCUAGGUGUUUCAAUUUCAAGUUUUACGUGAAUAAAAGCUGCAGCAGCAGAGCCUCUGCGUCAGGUGUGGAGAUGCUUUUGUUUUCCGAAACCAUGGCAACGCCACUUCAGCCCCAUCCCGGUGUUUCAGAGUCGAGGAGCGUCUUCUGGCGUCCGGAGAGCCCUGCUUGCUUUAACGUGAGGACUGAAACUUUGUCGUUCUAAAACUAACACUUUGGACUUCAAUAUUACCGUGAUGAAGAGUCCCCAUCCCCAACCUGGCAACACGGAGCAGAGCUUCUUCUUUUCCCUCCUCAUUUCGACAAAAGCAGACGAUGCAUUCGCAUCUCGACGAAUCAGAAUAUCAUCCAAAUUUUCAUUUGUUUUCAUAAUACAGAUAAGCAGAGUAAUGUUUUAAGGUGUUUAUUUCUUUAAUUUUGGAUCAUUGCUGCAAAUGAAAACCUAAAACCAGCCAGCUGAUUACACGUUUCCCCAAACGUUUCCAUUGACCUUAAAAUGGCACAAAUCGGCAUUAUGAAGAUAAAUUAGCUGAAAAAGUUUUUGCAUUAGGAUCAAGUCGGGGGUCAGGGGGGGGGCAACCAUCAAAAUUUCUGAAUGAAUCUGAUUCACUCAACACACAAGUUGCACUAUUCACUGUAAAUGUUGAAAUAAAUGAACUUUCCAGAGAUAUUCUGAUCAGUAGAGAUGCUCCUGUUGUCUUUCACCCUAAACCUGCUUAGAUUACAGACGUCUGUAUAUUCAACGAGCUGCAGCGUUGAUCUCCUUCAUCCGGUCCAGCUGGAUUUUCCUCCAUUUCCACAGACGUUUUUUUUUUUUUUUUUUUUUAAGUUGCACAUUUCUGUUUGAAAAAAGAGGGGAGGACAGAAGAGAAUCCCAUUUGUGCUUAGACUUCAUAUCCAAACAUGUUUUUAUCAGGAUGCAAACAAGAUUCUCUUGCGUGUGUUUCCCCUCCUGACAACAAUCACACACACACACACACCUCCAGGCUCUUAUCAGUCACGUAGCUCAUGUCCCAAACACUUCGCUCCAAAAGUUAACGGAGAGAGCGGCUGUUCGAUCCCCAAUGCUGUUGUCUGACGUUUGCAGUAGUAUCCGCCAUGUUUGCUUUACUGCAGUGAAGGCCAUCGGAGAGUGGCUGACUUUGUGAAAAAUAAUGUGAUUAUUAUGACUAUUAAUAAUGGGUUAAAUAAAAGGCGAAUGAUGUGAGAAAAAGCGAUCCGCUUGCAGGUUAAAGUUGGAACCAGUGCCAAGAGGGCAGCAUUAAAAGCGUGUGAAACUAUUAUUAAAAACCACUUCUUGGAUAUUCUUUUUAAAAAUUAAAACAAACACACACAAAAAAAAUCAGUUGAAGCAUUGUGUAUUCUUAAGUUUUAGAGGUAGUAAAGAAACUUACUAGUUUUUUGUUGUUUCUGUAAGUCUAUGUACACAUAAAUAUGCGACUGCGGUGGUUGAAUAUUAUAACACUCACCUUAGGUGGAAAAAAAAUGUUUACAGAGGCAAAGUUUCGUUACACUAAUGUGCAUCACGGUAUUUAUGUUUAACGCAUCUUGGUUCCUUACACUUUGGUUCUGUUUGUAGAGCCUGUUUUUUUUUUCUUUCUUUCUAAUUGGAUAUUUAUUUUCUGUCAUCUCUCCACUGAACCACCUACAAUGGAAACAAUAACGAACACGUUGCUGUUCUUUUCAGGUAUUCGCGUAACGCUACUUGACCGCGGUAACUUUGCAGUAACGUUCCCUGCAGGCUUGGAUGUGAGGCGAUGUAUUUUCCUCUGUUUCUGCCAUGCUUCUCUAACUUAUGUCCUCUCUGUGUAUGACAGGAAGUCGUGUAGUUUCCUGAUUAUUUUUUGUUUUUGUUUUCUUUGAAUAAACUUUAAAAGUAA